AUGAACCAUGCGGUUAUGCGGCGGCCCGCACGCACCAUUUGGCGCAAUGAACAGGACGUGCUGCUGGUGUCGCUUCUGACAGAGUAUCGCUCGCUUUUGGAUAAUCGCACACACGCCCAGAAUCAUGCGGCACGGACGCUCAAGCAGUUUUGGGACCUUAUUGCCCGUGAGCUUACAGCACGAUACCAUAUAGUGCGCAAUGCUCGUCAGUGCAAAGACCGCUUUCGACUGCUGUAUACACGAGGAAUUAGAAACAUGCACAAUGGCGUCGAUCCGCAAACGGGUGUGGAAGCCCUAUGCCUGGAGUUGAACAAGAUGUUUUACCUGGACGCCAGAAACAACAUUAGUUUGGUCUUGGAAGACGAUCAGCGCCACAGGGGACCUCAAAAUAAAGAAUCAAGUCUUCCAGACGAGACCGAAAGCCAGGACGAAGACUCCAAAGACCAUGAUGAAAUGAACGACACACGCGACGAGAUCGCUAUUAACGAAGAGAAGGCUCAAGUACAGCCCAUUCCGCAACAUAUUCACCGCAAUACGAUAUUGACGGAACCCGUAAUCAAUCCCACAACGAUGCCUUUAAUUACGGACCCCGUAGUGGGAGCUCUGCCGCCUCAAAUGCCAGACAUGUCUGGCCCACCACCGCCGCCGCCUUUUGCUCCGGUGUAUCAGGAUCCACAGAUACAGAUGCUCAUGGACCAGGUUCUGAUGCUUGACCGCCAGGUGGCCGAUCUCUACGCUCGUUUGGAUGAAUUGGGCGACAGUACGCAUCGCCGCUUCGAACAAAUACUAGGUGACAAAACAGACUACGCAUCACGUGCCGGAUCUAUGAAUACGACCACAGCACCGGUCUCGAACGUACCGAACUCGGUGGUCCAAAUGCAUCCGCUGCAUCACCAACACCAACAGCUACAGCAGUCUCAGGGGCAUCACCGCACGCUUGCUAGCGCUGCGUUCCGUCCCGCCUUCCCUCCCCCCGUACAACGUGCUGAGAAGCACACUUCACGACCAGUUUCCAAUACGUCUGCGUCUUCGGCACAUUCCGAUGCUCCUGCCCUACCGCCCUCGACCAGCCCCAAGCCGCGUACGGGUCCUCAAACACGCUCUCGAAAUUCGUUGUCAUGA